CGAGGAGAUUUGAGUGCAACAAUAGAGGGUGUAACAUCUAUGUUACUCAUCAUUUUAGCAGAGCAAUAGAUACGGUGCUGGUACGAGGCCGCCAGCGCAAAUCCACUAACCCCUCUUUCUUGUACCACUUGAGAGUGGAGACCACCGCGGAAUACAGAACAAGCAAGUAUAAGGCCACGGUCGCUAUCCUGUUACAAACACAUCCACCCCUCCCAUUUCUCAGUGUCACCCCUAAACUCGUUGUAUACGUUUAGGGUUUGGAACACUGUACAUUUUGGCACGAUCAUAGAAAUUUAAGGUUGAUGGCUUUGAUGCAGUAAUAUGUGAAGUUGAAGCUUCAAUUAGAAGGCAACAUGGGAUUUGACAACGAGUGUGUAUUGAACAUUCAAUCUCUUGCUGGAGAGUACUUUUGUCCCGUUUGUCGUCUGCUUGUAUAUCCAAAUGAAGCGUUGCAAUCGCAAUGUACCCAUCUAUAUUGCAAGCCUUGUUUAACUUAUGUUGUGAAAACUACUCACGCUUGUCCCUAUGACGGCUACUUGGUCACAGAAGCAGAUUCCAAGCCACUUACUGAAUCAAAUAAACCUCUUGCUGAAACCAUAGGAAAAAUAUCAGUCCAUUGCCUAUAUCACAGGAGCGGUUGCACAUGGCAGGGAUCUUUAUCUGAUUGUACAUCCCAUUGUUCUGAAUGUGCCUUUGGAAAUUCUCCUGUUGUAUGUAAUAGGUGUGGAAUUCAGAUUGUGCAUCGUCAAGUACAGGAGCAUGCACAAAGCUGCCCGGGCGUGCAGCCUCAGGCACAGCAGGUUGAGGGUGCUGCAGAAACUUUAGCCACCGGCACAGCAGGUACUGCCGAUCAGGCCCAGUCCGCUACUCAGGUAGCAGCUGUGACUUCUCAGGUCCAGCCUUCUCAAACUACAGCUGCGACGGCUCUGGGGAAGGAUCUCAAUCAACAAUCCGUUUCAACUUCUCAAGCCCAAGCUGCUACACCUACUACUGAACAAUGGUAUCAACAGCAGCAGCUGUAUCAACAAUAUUAUCAGCAAUAUCCUGGGUACGACCUGUAUCAACAACAGCACUAUCAACAGUAUUAUCCAUACCAACAAGCCGCAGCUCCACAAUACCAGCAACAGUACGGGCAGGCUCAAGCUCCACAUUCUUCUGGUCAAAAUCAAUCUCAGGCGUACAUGCAACCUCAAUCUCAAUUGCAACCCCAACCCCAACCCCAACCCCAGCCGCCGGCUGCAGUGGCUACUCAACCUCAAAAUCAGCCCCAAAUUAUUCUUCCGCAGCAAGUACAUCCUGCAGUCCCACCUCAUUCACAAACUCAAUUACAGACUUAUCCACUGGCACAUGGCAAUCCCCAGCCUCAGCCUCAGCCUCAGCCGUACUCCCAAAAUCUGCUACAUCCACAUGCUCAUUCUCAACAUGUGCAAAUGCCACAAUAUCUGCAGCCUCCUUCUCAGCUCCAAAGUAAGCAACAGACCCAAUCACAGGUCCAGCCUCAGUAUCAUCCCCCUUCUCAGCCCCAUUUGCUCUCACAAAGUCAGCCACCUGGGCAGCUUCAACAUAAUCCUCAGCAAAAUCAGCCUCUUAAUACUAAUUUGCAGUCUCAGAUACAGCUUGCAUUAACCCAUGCAGUGACAAGUCAUCAAUCAUAUCUUCAACCUAACAUUGACCAACAAGUGCAGGGUGGAACAUCACAACAAUAUUCAGUGCAUGCGCAGUCCCAGGUUCUAUCUAGCCUUCAGUCACAAAAUCCUGUUCAGAUACAGAGUCAGUUCCCUCAACAACUUCCAUUGAUGCGUCCUCCACUUUCUCAUGCUACAACUCCAGGCCAGCAGCAGCCAACUUUGGUACCUUCACCAGGUCAAAUCCAGAACAUUCCUUCUGCAGAACAACAGUCAAUCCAAUCACAUUUUCAUCAACCAGGACAGCCAGUCCACCAACGCCCUGUUAUGCAGCCAGUUCAACCAACUUUUCCUCAGCAACAUUAUCAACAGCAACUACCUGUGUCAUCCCAGUUGCGUCCCCAGGGACAAUCUCAUCUUUUUCCUUCUCAAACUUAUGGUUAUUCACAGCUAUCACAGAACGUUGCCCUAUCACAUGGCAUGCAACAUGCUAAACCUCUAAACCCAGUUGGAAGGCCUUCCAUGAAUAAUCAGGGAGUACAAUCUCAAUUGUAUACACAGCAUGCUGGUGGUCUUGUUAGGCCAAUGUAUCCUGGAGCAAAUCAACAAGGAGCAAAUCAUAAUAAUAUGCUUAUAGCAAAUAACCAGAUGCAACUUUCUUCUGAACAACAUUCUGGUGUGAACUCAAAAUCCACGAUAACUGAAAGGAAAGAUGAUCAAACAUUUGAUAAAGGAUCGACCAAGAUCGAAGCUGAAGUUUCCUUGCAAAAAAGUGUAGAAAUUGGUGGGAAUGAUUUGAAUUCAGUACCUGAUAUAGCAGCUACAGUCGGUGAGAUGACGACUGAAAAGUCUGAAACUGAUAUGGAGUCCAUGGAUGCUAAUCAAGUAGGUACAACUUCUAAGGAAUUUUCACAGUCUACACAGAUGUUGGGAUCAGAAAAUGGAGAGCCUAAGGCUAAGCCAAUAAUGGAAGAAGAUGGUCUAGAAAGCACUAUAGGGCAUUUGAAUAAAGGUAAACCAGGUGAAGUGGUUGCUGAGGACACAAAAGAUGUUCUUAAGGUAGGGCCUGGAAAUAUGAAUCACUCAAUUGUAGAAGACAAAGAGACUGUGGAUGGCUCUCCAAAGAAGGCAAGUAACUUGCAAGGAGUAUCAACUCAAAAUGUUACUUUAAGUCGUCCACAAGUUGCUGGAGUUGAUGAAAACAGGGGUUUUCUGCGAUCUAGUCAGGUGCUAGCUGGUGGUUUUGUAGAACCCUCUCAUCCUUUACCUGACCAGGGAAAGAAUCAGCUGCCGCCAUCACAUUUUGGUCCUUCUGUCCCACAAAGGCCUGGUGGUCCUCCUUUAUUACAAGUACCUCCUGGGCUAGGCCCCCCUCAAACUUAUUUUAGGCCUCAUAAACCUGGACAUAUACCUGAACCCCGACCACCAAGUAGUAUCACGGACCUGGGCUUUGCAACAUCCAUUGGGAGAGGGCCCAGUCUGCAUGGCUCUGCCCAGCAAAGCUCUGAGCUGCAGUCUGUUGCUCCACAAGGGCCAUAUGGUCACGGGCAUUCUCCUCACCUCGCCAAUGCUGGUUCUUACAAAACAUCUCAAGGUGAACCUGUUGGAGUUCUGUCAUUUGGUGUAUUGCCACAUCGUCCUUUUGAUUUACAUGGUGGGGUGAUGGCCAGAACAACACCUCAUGGUCCUGAGUAUCCAAAUCAAAGGUCCAAUUACAUGGAUGGUAGGGGGCCUAAUCCCCAUUUUCCUGGGUCAUUGGAACAGAGAACCCUUGCUCAGCCAUCCAAUGUACAUGCUAAUAUGAUGAGGAUAAAUGGCAAUGUGGGUUUUGAUUCCUCUUCAGCUAUUGGGUCAAGAGAUGAAAGGUUACCUGUUCAAGAUGAACGGUUUAAUUCCUUUGCCCCAGGUUCAAAACAUCGUGUUUCUGAUCGAGUGGAGUUUGAGCAUGAUCUAAAGCACUUCCCUAGGCCUUCUCUAGAUGCUGAAACUAUGCCAAAGUUUGGGAGUCUAUCAUCUAGGCCCUUUAAUAGGACACCCCAUGAUCUGAAGUUUGAUACCAGAUUAAAAGUGGAUCCUGGGGUGGGCCCUGUUCCCUCAAGAUUUAUUUCUCCCUACCAUGAUGGAGGUUCCAAUGGUGCAGGAGAGAGACCAGGUGGCCAUCAUGAAGAUGCUUUUGGGAGAAUAGAGCCCACUCGUGGUCAUCCUGAUUUUUAUGGUCCGUAUGGUUGGCGACAUAUGGACAAUAUGGCUUUACGAAGUCCAGGUAGAGAACAUCCUGGUGUCUCAAUGCAUGGAUUUAGAGGUGCAGGUUCUGAUGACAUUCGUGGCAGGGAAGUACAUCGAUUUGGUGAGCCAUUUGGAAGUUCAUUUCGUGAUAGUAGGUUCUCGAUGUUGCCUAGCCAUCUGCGCAGGGGCGAGUUUGAGGGUCCGGGUAACAUUGGAAUGGAUGAUCCCUUAAGGCAUGAUUUGAUUGGGCGAGGUGGUUUUCCAAAUCCUCUUCGCAGGGGGGAACGCAUGGAUAACUUUUAUGGUGAUUCGUACUUUGGAGAGCCAGAUGGUUCUGGAACCCAUCCACGUCAUGCAAGGAUAAGGGAAAUGGGGGGACCUGGGAGUUUUGACUCAUUUGGUGGGGCUGAUAGGUCAAAUCAUCCACACUUUGGUGAGCCUGGAUUUAGGAGCAGCUUUUCAUUUCAUGGGUUUCCAAAUGAUGGUGACAUUUAUACAGGAGACCUGGCGAUUGAAAAGUCAAGAAAGAGAAAACCACCAAGCAUGGGAUGGUGUCGGAUAUGUAAAGUUGACUGUGAAACAGUUGAAGGUUUGGAUUUGCAUUCGCAAACAAGAGAGCACCAGAAAAUGACUAUGGACAUGGUAUUAACUAUCAAGCAGAAUGCUAAAAAGCAAAAAUUAACUUCUGCUGAUCAGUCCUCACCUGGAGAUGCAAGCAAGUCAAAGGAUACUAAAUCAGAGGCCGUGGAGAAAAAAACUACUUUAUGAUGGUUCUUCAAUUGGAUCUCUAGAAUUCACUCUUCUCUUCCUGCGGGUGGUUUAUGCUAGUUGUCAUUUCAGGUUGCUGUCAUGUUAGUCGAGAUGGUUUUUGGAACAGAAGUUCAAUGGCAGUUAAGUUUACUUUUUUUAAAAAAAAAAACUUAGCCCUAGAUACUAGAUAGUUUUUUUUUCAAUCUAUAUUUUGUGACAUUAGCAUUAUCAUGUUGAAAGUAGUAUUAUGAUAUUGCUUUAUUUGUUCAUUCGGUGCUUGUCACCUUUAGCAUUUUGCUGGGUUUUUUUUUCAGUUACUUUUAGCAUUUUGAUCACAUAAUAUUUGAUACUAAACUCUGUGCUCUUACAGAAUUUAUGUUGCCCAACACGUAGUCCUAUCCUCCCACCCUUCUCAUUUGGUGUUUGAUUCAGUACUUGAGCUUUGUUGUAAAUGUGCCAUUUUGUGUGUAACCACCCUUGCUUUUAAAACUUCUCUCCAGGCUAUCCUGUGUUUUAAUA